UCAUGCUGGUUGUAAUGGUGAUCUUCAACCAGGAAGAUGCCAACUUAAACAGCUUCAACGCGCAGAUGGCCCCCAACCCUUUGCUCCGCUAUGACGUGGUUGGUGUUAAGAAUUAUAUUCCGAAGACUUUUAAAAGUACGGCUCACAGUUUGGAAAGAAAAUGAUAGUAUUUUCAGCGUGUCAUAGUUCACAUAUAGAAUAAAAUGUAAUACGAUUUGAAGAAGCAAAUCUGAUCCAAUAAAUUAGCAAAUGAAAACUAGUAGAAACUAAAAUCUUCUGUUUCAGUCAUACUGGUUGUAA